AUCAACCGCAUGCGUAUCAGUUUAUGUCAGCGUAUGAUAGUCACCAGUUCAUCAUGGCCGUUGAGAUAAUUCCUGAACAUUUGUACGAUUUAAUUCCAAGUAGAUUAACUGUUACUUUUAGCCUUGCUUGCCUUGUUUUUUUCACCGUUGGAUCAGCUCUACUCCGACGUUACAAGUUUGUGCAAGAAUGCAACAAAGUUCCUGGACCGCCAGUUCAGAUUCCGCUUGUUGGAAGCUUCACCGAACUGUUUGUCGAUGCCGAUCAAAUUAUGCCCCACUUCACGAAUUUAUAUUACAAGUGGAAUAAACGAUCAGUACUACGAGUUUGGAUGGGUCCUCUUCCGUGGUUUUUCCUUGGCGCCGCUGAAAGCGCAGAGGUGGUUCUCAGUAGCAACAAGUUAAUUGACAAGAGCAGAGAGUAUGAUUAUAUUCAACCAUGGCUGGCUACAGGACUUUUAACAAGUACAGGCAGCAAAUGGCACAUGCGUCGCAAAAUGUUGACACCGACCUUUCAUUUCAAAAUUCUCGAAGAUUUUGUCCACGUCUUCAACGAGCAGAGUAAGGUACUCGUUGAAAAGCUAACCACAAAAGUUGGCCAGGAUUUUGACAUUUUCCCUUUCAUCACUCGGUGCACACUUGAUGUCAUUUGCGAAACGGCUAUGGGACGUCACGUCAACGCGCAAAGUAAAAGUGAUUCCGAGUACGUCCAGGCUGUUUACAGCAUGAGCCACAUUAUUCAAAUAAGACAGAUCCGGCCUUGGCUUCAACCUGAUUGGCUGUUUAAUUUUUUCCCCUACGCAUCAGAGCAACAAAAAUGCCUGUCCAUUCUACACGGAUUCACCGAUCAGGUUAUCCGCGAAAGGAAAAUCGAGCAGAAGCUUCUGAAAGCUCAAAAAGAAACAGAGGAAAAGACAGGAGUCAAAGAGGACGAGUUUAUUUCAAAAAAACGCAAUUUAGCUUUUCUUGAUCUCCUGAUCGAAGCUUCGCAAGACGGUAAAGCUCUCAGCGACCUCGACAUUCGUGAAGAAGUGGAUACCUUCAUGUUUGAAGGUCAUGAUACGACGGCCGCUGCUAUUAACUGGUCCCUUUUCCUUCUAGGCAACUACCCCGAAGUGCAGGAGCAAGUGAGUGAGGAACUCGUUCGUGUGUUUGGUAACUCUGAUCGUCCAAUUACUAUGGCUGAUUUGAAUGAGCUGAAAUAUCUCGAAUGCUGCAUCAAAGAAGCCCUUCGUCUUUAUCCAAGUGUUCCACUCCUCGCCAGACAGCUGACGGAAGAUACCAACAUUUGUGGAUACGAUCUUCCAAGUGGAGCUACAGUAUUAGCCGCACCUUUCCUCAUACAUCGGGAUCCUACCCACUUCCCAGAGCCUGAACGUUUUAAACCGGAACGUUUCUUCCCGGAGAAUAUACGGGGACGACAUCCAUACGCUUACGUCCCUUUCAGUGCGGGGCCACGUAACUGCAUCGGACAAAAGUUUGCCAUGAUGGAAGAAAAGGUUAUCCUCGCUUCCGUCUUGCGUCGUUUUCACGUCAAGGCCCUAGACAAACCGGAAGGUCUUCCCAUUUUAACCGAAUUGAUCCUUCGACCCCGCGAUGGAAUUCGAAUGCAUCUUACCGAGAAAAAGUUCACGUAAUUGCUAAUAAGUAACAUAUAAUUUCUUUAAAUAUUUCUGAAAUGAAAUUAAUUGUUUCAAUGCAUUCCGUUCCCAAAAUGAUAGCUAACUACCGCUGUAAUCAAUAAGCAAAUGCGCAGCUAGUGGUCGUAAAAUGAGUGCAGAUAUAGCCUGUACAGUAGGUGAAAGUAAAUUCCAAAGUCUAAAUAUAGCACUUAAUGGCUAUUUUACGACACAACAGCUUGAAUACUGCCCUUACUAGCCUGGGUUUAACAGCUGGAACUACAGUAGUUUUUCCCAUAUUUUUUAUUUUUUUUUUUUGUAUAGUAACUAGAAAAAGAAGACUGUUUGCCCAAAACUUUCGCGUUACUAUUUUCCCGAACCGACAUUAGGGUCCGUUAGAAAACAUGUACAUCGUUUGUCACAGAGCAUUAGGAAUCAAUUGAAAAUUUGAGCAACAAUCAAUGUCAGAAAUUCUUUAUUUUGAAGGCUGGAGCAGACGAACACAUUCGGAAAACAAAACGUUGGCAAAAGAGAUGCGACGAGUGUUUGGCAUUUGCAAGAGCUGUGAAUAACUUAGGAAACGUUUAUGCCAAAAAUAGUUUCAUUAGCCAAGCCCCUUAGAAAUAUAAAAAGAAAGUAAUGGUGGAUAGUCUAACGGAUAGCCUUUCCGUAGAAAAGAAAUACCUUUUUACUGUUAAAAGCGUUGAUUGAUCACACACGGUUGAGUAUUCAGUGAAACGUAGGGCACCGUUUUCUGGCAUUACACCGUACAAAGAACUAUAAUUUGCCUCUACUUGACCCCUAUUGUUUUGUCUUCAUGCAUUUGUCGGUCAGUUACAUCCUGAAAAGUCUUUGACGCAGUAAAAAAACGUGCGAAUGCUUCAGCUUUAUUCAUUUCAAUGCAUGGACUGCUUACGAAAUUACGAAAAGGUAAAUUGUGGACUUGUUCUAAAACUGUUUAAUCCUAUUUGCUUUUAACAAAGGGUUACUCUUCUGUAAAAAUUCGUCUCGUUUAUCAGGUUUUAUGUAGUUUCUAUAUCUUUUUCACUGAUUUAAUUCGUACAAUUGGUCUACGUGCUAAAGUGAUGCACUAUUUGAGCCGGGAGAGUGAAAGGAAUUUCCUAAUUCAACGGAUUUUCACGAAACAUCACGACGUUGUGCCUUCACUUACUUUCGUUUUAUAAAAAUUUCCCCACUUACCCCGAUUGUCUAGGCUAUGAGAAAAACCAACUAACGGUAAAAAAAAAAAAAAGCCUACGUGGUUCCAUCAUUCGUGUUUUGUUUCCUUUUCCCGGUUACCUGGCUCCAUUGAAUUCGUGAUGAGUGAAAGGAGUCGACAUUGACUGCAAUCGUUAGGAACUUCUUUUUUUUUCUAUUUUGAAUAUUAUUUUUUGUUACAUCCUGUUAAAAUUUGUAAGCUUUGCAAAGGAUUGCCUAACCUAUUGUUCCUUGUGCUCAACAAAUAACUUGUUUUUAAUGGCAGCGUGUUAAACCAACUACUCGUCGGACUGCACAACCUGCAGAGUUUGCAUAACUAGUUUCACUGUCACGCAACAAAUACUGUCAGCAUGGGGUUAGGCUAUUAAUGUAUUCUAAUCAAAUCAUA